UGAUAAUGUACGUUUAUAUGUGCACUCAGUACACAAAUCGAGUAACGUUCUGUUGGUUGAUUCUUCUGGACGAUGAAUAGAGACUGAGGGUUGUUGUUGUAAAGCGGUACAAUCAACUGGUCAGAACGACCUUGUGUGGUCGUCUGUAACAAGUGUCGGUGUAUUACCUCUUGAAUUCAUGAUUCCUUGGGCAAGCUUCCUAAGUAAAAGUAACGUAUUUCCAUUAGUAUUUCCCUGCAGAUGUAAUGCUAAUCGGGCAGCUUUAUGCCGUACCAAACGACGACUAUAUGGACGUACAUAUCCAGUUAGCUUGAUUUAUCCUAAUGGCGGUUCGAUCCGUAUUAGAUUUCAUGAGCCUCGAAUAAUGCUUCAGAUCCCUCUAGAUUUAAAUGACUGCUCUCCAGAAGAAAGACAGAAACGUCUUCUUAGACGCGCUCCUCGAUCAAAGUUGACUUUGCUAGAACAAAUAGAAGAUACUUUUGACCAAGAAGCUUACAAUUUUCUCUUGAAGAAAAAGUGAUUCCUUGCUUCCUGUACAUAAACUUCAAUUUUAGUAAUAAAUUAUAUUGAUUUA